CUAGAAAAAACCUUUUACCGGAAGAAAAGGCGCGUCUUUUAUUUUUUAUUUUUUUAAUAUGUGUGCUUCACUGUAUCUCCAUUUUUAUACAAUAAUCAAAUAAUCACAUGUGCUUCAAUGUGUGUGUGUGUGUUUUUUAUUCUCCUUGUCCAUAAACACUGUAUUUUUAUACUGGGCACUGAAUAAUUUAGUCGGAACGAGAGCAACCCUUUUGGUUUUGUGCCUGGAAAAUUGUUCGUCUAUGACCUGCCCCUCAAAAAAAUUGGACCUUUGAACGUUGAAACAUGGAUUUUCCUCUGAAGGGUUCUGGAAAAAAAUGAACUUUGUGUUCUUGAAUGGAUUUAUAUAUAUAUACUUCGGGCGAUGGCCGGGUAUAGAUUGGUCCCGCUGUGGGGUUUAUGAUUUUACAUUGAUCGCUCAUUUGCUUGAUUAUGAAUUAUGAUUGGUUGGUUGUACAAACAAGACUAUUACUGUUAUGGGACAUGGAGUAUUUUUGAGAAAAAAAAAUUGGAAAUUUCAAUGCAUUUUUCAAUGCUGUCUGGUUUGUGUUUUGAUUUUCGUGUUUUUGUUGAAAUUUCAGUGCAUUUUAUUAAUUAAACCCUCUCAUGAAAAGGAAUGGGAGGAAUAUAUUUCUUCACAACAGAAUAUUUUUGUGAUAUUUAUGCAUGAAAAUCUGAGCCAAAAAUCACUCCUAAGGGAUCCCAGAACACAAAAGAAACAGAAUGUUUUUGUGAAAUGCUUAUGGUCCACACUCUAUGAAUUUACUUGCUCUCCAUUCUGCUUAUGGUUUUCAGUGGUUUUCUUGGUCUGAAGAAAGAUCAUUUAGUUUUCAGCAUAGUAGUCUGUCUAGUCUAACCAAUAUCCUCCUGCCAUUGGCACACACCCAACAGAAGUGACUUGGCUAAAGUCUAACAAGCUUUAAUUUGGCUAAAUUCUAAGAAUUCCGAGACUUAUGCAUACUUUUCGUUAUUUGUUUUAGUUCAGUUGCAGCAUUUGCAGCAUGCAUGAUCACAAUUGGCUUUUUUUUUUUUGCUAUGAUAGAAUCUUUAACGAUCUAAUUGAGUCGAAUGUUGUCAUGCAUGAAAUAUACCUUAAAUUUGCAAGCUUCUUUGAUUGCAGAGAGCUAGUAAGUUUAGCAUGUUUUUCUUAAAGGGUGGUUAAUGUGGGGUUCAGUUCUUAGUUUAUUUCAUUAUAGAACCUUAUGUUUAACAAAAUUACAUUCUAAACAAUAUUGAUUCAGAGUUGUUAAUUUUUAAAAAUUUAGAGCACCUGAAGAUGUGAUUCAAUACAUGCAGGUCGCAUAUGGUAGGUUAUAACAAACCAUAUUUUCUCAUUUAUUGCUGGUUGACUGGCCUUGUCUGUUUCUAUAUUGGUGCGAUGCUCCCACCUGUUUAAUCCUUGAUUUCAGUGCUGAAUGUUUUUCAUUCCUGAGUUUCUUGGACAACUCAAUUUUCUUUCUGUUGAUAAGAUCCAUACUGAUCUUUGAGCAUUCUUUGGUUUCUUUGCCAUUUCAAAUGUACAAUUUUCUAGUUGCAGUGACUGGGACUAAGGUCGAAUUGUACUUUUAAUCUAGUUUUGGAAGUGUUAUGUUCAUUGUUGAAUAGGGUACUGAAGUUUGGACCUUCAACAGCUAUGGUGGGAAACGCCCAAUCUAAUCGCAUCAAAGCCUACAGGGCUAUGAGUAAGCUUGGAUAUGAUUCAAAAGUUGUAAAGCCUGUAUUGAACAGCCUUUUGGAAGUGUAUGAGCAAAACUGGGAACUUAUUCAAGAUGAGGAUUAUGCUGUCCUCGUGGAUGCUGUUCUUGAGAGUGAGGAGAGCAAGCUAAAGGAAAGCCGGAGGUUCCACUUAAUUGAUGAGCCUGAAGGGGAGGAACCGCCGCCCAAAAAAGUAAGAUCAACAAGUCGCACAGAUGAACCUUUGACAUGGGGUGGUGUUUCUAGCUCCAGUUCUGAUUGGCAGAAAGAUGAGCCACUCCAUGAUGUGAUGAAGGUAACGUCUGAAUCUGUUCGUGAGGAAAAGUUGGCUACUUCUGCUCAUUGCUAUGUCAUUGAAGGAGAUACUGAAGAUGAGAUUGACACUCCUAUGCAAGAUUGUCCUGCAAGAGAACAGAAAUGCAGCUCUUACUAUUCUUCUUCAGAGUUCGCACAGACUAAGAAAAGUCAUCUGUUCUCACCUGAAGGAAGCUAUGAAUCUAAUCCUCUGUCCCCUCAGCCACUUCCGGAUGAUGAUUGCAAUUAUAAGUCCCCAUCCGUCCAUAAGUUGGUGACUGAAACUCAUAAUUUAAAGGCCUGCCUGGAGAAUGUACAAGAGUUACCUGAUUCCAUGUCCGAGCCACGCCCUCUAGCCGUUGUUCACCCUGAUCAUGCAAGAUCUUCCAUUGAAAGCGAUUAUUCUAAAGCAAAGAGAAAUUUCUCAACACCCCCUAAAGUGACAGAGCUCAAUACCAAAGAUUGUUCUUCAUCCACAAAGGGACCUCUUCUUCUAGGUUAUCAUCCAAAACCCAAAUCCUCAGCCAGAGAUGAAGAGAGUUUUUGGAAUGGUUCACGUUUAGACAUUGCUUCCUCUUGCCAGGGGGAAGUUAAACUCUCUGUAACAUUCCAAUCGUCGCUUCCAUCGAACUUUUGUGUUCCUAGAUUAGAUGAAGUCUUAAAGAGGAUGGAAGAAAAGUAUGCUGAAGCAUAUAACAUUACCCGACAAGACUUCUCGAUCGUGAAGUUGAUGAAUGAGAUAUGCGAGACUUUCUUAGCAACUGGCAUCAUGUCCUCUGGCAAUGAGAGAGUUAGCCGUGCCGAACUACAACCUGAUCCUAUUACUUCUAGAGACUUAGAUGGUCAAGUUGUUUCAAAUCAUGUUGCUAAUAUAGCCAGUGUUUACAUUGAUCCUCCAAGGUUCCGUUUUUUGAAUGGUUUGGACUUUAGCCAAAGCAAGAUAGGAUUACCAAUGAAGUUAUCUGGCAGUUACUGUGAUACAUAUCUUGAGGGACUUAGAAAUCAAAGCUCUUCAACUGCAGAAAUUAUUGUUGUUGCUCAGCAUGCAUUUCCUAACAUGAUGGAAUCUGCAUAUUUAGUUGAUGAUAUUACGACUGGGGAAGAGAAUGUCAAGAUUUCAUUGAUAAAUGAAAUAAAUAAUGAGGGUCAGCCUUUGUUUAAGUACAUCCCCCGUAACAUAGUUUAUAGAGAAGCUCAUGUCAAGUUUCUGCUAGCUCGCAUCUCAGAUGACAAUUGUGGUUCCCAUUGCUUUGGAGAUUGUUUGAUGGCAGAACUACCUUGUGCCUGUGCUGGUGAAACUGGUGGGGAGUUUGCUUAUCUUCCAGGGGGUUUACUUAAGGAAAAGUUUCUUGAAGACACUAUUUUGAUUAAAAGCAGUCCACAGAAGAAAAACUUCUUUUACUGCCAAGCAUGUCCGCUGGAAAGGCCCAAGAGUAAAAGCUUAUCUGGCGCAUGCAAGGGCCAUCUCAUCAGGAAAUUUAUCAAGGAGUGCUGGUAUAAGUGCGGUUGCACCAUGGCUUGUGGUAAUCGCGUUGUUCAGCGUGGCAUAAAUCGCAAGUUGCAGGUUUUUAUGACCAAAGAGAAGGGAUGGGGUCUUAGAACUCUUGAAGACUUACCUAAAGGUGCCUUUGUUUGUGAGUAUGUGGGCGAGAUAGUAACUAAUACGGAAAUGUUUGAUCGCAACUCACGUAGCAUUGGAAAGAAGCACACAUAUCCAGUGCUACUAGAUGCAGAUUGGUGUACUGAAGGUGUCUUGAAGGAUGAAGAGGCACUUUGUCUCGAUGCAACAUUGUUUGGAAAUGUUGCAAGGUUUAUCAAUCACAGAUGCCAUGACGCUAAUUUAGUGGAAAUUCCGGUUGAAGUGGAGACUCCAGAUCAUCAUUAUUACCAUCUUGCAUUUUUCACUAAUAGAGAAGUUCACACUUCUGAAGAGUUGACUUGGGACUAUGACAUUGACUUUAAUGACCAUACUCAUCCAGUGGUGGCUUUUCGCUGUCGUUGUGAGAGUGAAUUCUGCCGAGAUCUGGAAAUAGGCAAUGCCGGCAUAAAGUUGUUGACGUUGUGAAUGAAAUUUUUGGAGGUUUUCUUUUUGGCAACUUAAAGAGGAAAUAUAGUAACAAUGUGGAGGGUAUCUCCAAUUUGUCCUUUUUACUUGCCUUUUUAGUCAAUCUGGAAUCCAAACGGGAAGAACUGUAUUUUGAUUCUUGCAUUGUCCAGAUUUUGGUAAAAUGAUGCUGACUGAGUGUGGAUUUUUCAAUGAAGACACAAAUUAGUUUUUGAGGGAUUUUUAUGCUUUUCAUUGAAUAGGUGAAAAAUAUGACUAUUUUUCUUUUUUUUGGAACAUAUAAAAAAUUUUUUGACUUCGAUUUUACU